GUCGCCCUGCGGUGGUUUCUCUCUAUUUCUCUAGCUACCAACGUAUCAGUGUCAUCAUCGACUCUCUAUUUUUUUUGCCAUCAGCGCAUCGGUGUCUGUCGUCGCUCUCUAUCUGCGAUUUCAGGUAUGAACAAUGCGAUUUCUUUAUAUGUUUGGGUUUGGUUCUUCGCCCCUUCCUUCUGACCUUCUCCAUGAAUCUGAAUCCAAAGUCAGCACUCAACACUCGCAUAUCGACGACGGUAUUUCUCACCUUGUUCACUUCUGCUGUUCGGUGGACGGGCCUGCACUUCACACAUCAACGACGAGAUUUUUUCAACAAUUCAGCAUGGAUUUUGAUUUGGAUGAUUUGCUUUCAACUGAUGCUGCAAACAAUGGUAUAUGCAUUUGGUUUCUCUUUCUCUCUCUCCCUUUAUUCUUCCUCUAUCGAUGUUCUAAUAUGUCAUAUUUAUGCUUCAAUGGUGGGCAUUAUUGAUUUAUUGACUGUUGCAGCAAAAACCAGUACAAAGUUUCAACCCAAAGCCAAACCAAAACCCAAACCCAAACCAAAGCCUAAAAUCCAACUAGAACAGAAAUCGGAAUCAAUCCCUUUGAGGCAAUUUGUUGAAGAUGUUGCUGCUGCAAAUAAUGAGUUUACAGGCAGAAUCGUGGAGGAACAACCUGGAAAUGAUGUCAACCAAAUUUCUGGAAAUAUCAAUGAUGAUUGGCAGUCUUCCUUUGAGAAAUCACAGGAAGUGCAUGGUGAAUCAUUUCUUACAUUGGAAUCACUUAAUGACUUUCCUCCUCAAUCUACAAUAGUAACAGUGAAUUCGCCACCAUGCUCAAACGCACCAACUGGUCAUGUUUCCAUUGAUGGGAAUCUGGAGAAGGGACCCAUAGAACCUGACUUGAGCUAUAAUAUUGAUUCUUGCACGAACUUUGAAAGUCCUGCACAGCUCGAUCCUUUAACAGGGGAGGAAGCUGCUAUUUUUAAUGACAAUGGAGACUUCCAGAUAGGAAAUUUAUCGGGACCUAAGGAUGCAGAAAGCUCCCAAUUCUGGGAAUCUCUUGACAUUUUGUCUCACUCAAAAACUUGCUCAGGACCAAGGGUUGGCAAAUUCAAGCCAAAACCCAAGGCACAAACUCGUAAACCGGAACAGAUUGUGACCAGUCCUGAUAAAGAUCUAGCGUCUGUUCAAUAUGAGGAAAAUGUUCAUUCAGUGUCUUCUCAAACCAACUACAUGCAGAACAAGGAUGUUCCUUCGUUUACAGAAGAUGACAUACUUGGCUCAGCAUCUGUGAGAGUCACUGAUUCAGCUCCGACAGAGACAAUCUUUGAUUUCCAUGUGAAUGAAGAAUCAAUGAAUUUGGCCGAUCAAAUGGAUUCUGUGAUUCCUGAAGAGCACCUGGAUGCUGUUACAGAGUCCCCUUCAGCAGGCCCUGAGAGUGUGAAGAAGGGAAAGAGAAAAACACGUAAGGGGUUGAAUCCUACACAGCUAGAUAAUUCUCCUGAAUCUAGUCUGGAGAAUCAAGUUGGUACUUCUUCUGAGCGAUUAAGAAGGCGAUCAAACAAAACACUUGAACCUAUAGACGAAUCUGACGAUGAAGGUAUUGAUGAUGGUUUUGUGCAUGGGAAUGAAGAUAGUGGUGAUUAUGAACCCGGAAGUGAAUAUUUAGAUGAAAAAAAGGGAAGCAAGUCAAAGAAACCUGUUAAUGAGAAGGAAAGGCCCAUUAGAAAGCGUAAAAAGGCCAAUGAGGUACCAGCUGAGUCGACUAAAGUAGCCAAAAAGAAGUUUCCUCACCGAACUCGACGUAAUAAAAGACAAGUGAACCCAGAUUUGCUUAAAAUGACCGAGGAUGAGCUUGAGAUGCAUAUGCAUACUGUGCCCAUGAAGGAAUUAAUCAGGCUUGCAGAGCAUAGGGAGCGAUUAGCGAAAAAGGAAGCAUCUACUUCAGGAACACCUGCAAGGAAUCAAAGUGCUAGUAGUUUUUCCAACAACUAUGACGAAGACGAGGCUUUUGCACAAGGCACAGGCUCAGCUUAUGAACAUGAUUAUUCAAUGGAGGCAGAGAAUGCUACCUACUAUAAUUAUCGCACUCACAUGAAAAUAACACCGAGAAUCAAAUGGUCAAAACAAGACACGGAACUCUUUUAUGAGGCCAUUCAGCAAUUUGGGACAGAUCUAUCAAUGAUAAAAGAAUGUUUUCCUGGGCGGACUCGUGAGCAGAUUAAAGCCAAGUAUAAAAAAGAAGAACGACAACAACCUUUAAGGCUUAGUGAUGCUCUAACCACUCGUGCUAAAGGUCAUUCUCAAUUUGAAGUUGUAAUUGAGCGGCUAAAACAAGCCCAAGCACAAGAUUCUGAGAAUGACGACCCAACUAAUCUGACAGGCGAGGAGGACGAAGAUGUGACUGCUACUGACAUCAAUGCUGGUUUGGAUGCAACAAAACCUGUAGAGUUACAAAAAGAAGUGGAAACUGAUACUAAGUUUGAGGACAGUGAAGAUGAAAUGGACUGGAGUCAAUAUAAAAGUGAAGUAUGAGAAAGAGAUCUAAAACAAACCCCCCCUUCAUUCUUGCAAUA